GGAGGCUGGCUGGCUACUCUGUAGAGUCUCUGCAAACAGAGGCACGUUGCGAGUCGCCCCGAGCCGCUGCAGCUCCGGACCUGCCCAGGAUUCUGUGAAAUAUGGGAGGUGUGCCAAAAACUUUGCAACUUGCCAGCAUAAAUCACCUCUGAGAGAAGAGAUGGAUAUUCCACCAGAUGUGAUCGUUUCCAGAGGAAUUUGGUUUUCCUUCAGAAGUGUUUCUCUGCAAAAGUACUUUAUCGCAAGUCCAUGAACAUGUAUGGACAGCCCCAUCAUGAAGUACAAAAUCAGCAUAUCCAUGUGGAGAGAGUCCUUCAUGACACAUGUUUUCCAUGAGCCCUAAGAGCGCAGCUGUCUGCAGUGUCAUCUGAGACCUGGAAAGUCAACACAAUUAUGGGAGAUUCGCCUGCCGAUACCACUGAUGAAGGUGCAGACGCAGGCUGCGAAGACACCCAGGCUGAACUGGUCGAGAGAGUAGCAGCCAUCGAUGUUGCUCUUGGGCCCAAUGUAGAUGUUCCAAGUGUUCAGGAAGCAAUAGAAGAGAACGAUGCAGUCUUUUCUGACGGUGUAGCAGACAUGCAGAGGAACGGGGUUGAUAGUGACAUGGUAACAAAUGAACCUUUGCCUUCACAAGAGCCAGAGGAUGUCCAUCGGAUGAAUGUUCCAAGGAGAGCUCCAACUAGGCCGCUUCUAUCUAGCAGAAAGUUGUCUCUUCAGGAAAGGCCUACAGGAAGCUACCUGGCUUCUACCAAUGCUCCAGGCUACGGUCCUUAUGCUACUGGACCUUUAACACAUAUCUCACCACGCAUAGUGAGGAGACCAACGAUCGAGUCCAACCGGAUCGCCAUCUCGGAUGCCGAGGACUGUGUGCAAUUAAACCAAUACAAGCUGCAAAGUGAAAUUGGCAAGGGCUCCUACGGUGUUGUGAAACUGGCCUACAAUGAGAGUGACGACAAGUAUUACGCUAUGAAAGUCCUCUCCAAAAAGAAGCUGUUGAAGCAGUAUGGAUUUCCACGUCGACCUCCCCCAAGAGGCGCUAAAGCAACUUCUGGUGGACAGCUGAAGCCAAUGGCACCACUGGAUAGAGUUUAUCAGGAAAUAGCCAUCUUAAAGAAACUGGACCAUGUCAACAUUGUCAAGCUGAUCGAGGUACUUGAUGAUCCAGCAGAGGACAAUCUGUACAUGGUGUUUGACCUUCUGCGCAAGGGACCUGUCAUGGAGGUUCCAACUGACCAGCCUUUCACCGAAGAGCAGGCUCGGCUCUACUUUAAGGACAUUGUCUUGGGCAUAGAGUACUUGCACUAUCAGAAGAUCAUUCACCGUGACAUCAAGCCUUCCAACCUGCUCUUGGGAGAUGAUGGGCAUGUCAAAAUAGCGGAUUUUGGAGUCAGCAAUCAGUUUGAAGGGAAUGACGCCCAGCUUUCCAGCAGUGCUGGGACACCGGCUUUCAUGGCUCCAGAAGCGAUUUCCGACUCUGGCAAAAGCUUCAGUGGCAAGGCACUUGAUGUAUGGGCCAUGGGAAUUACUUUGUAUUGCUUUGUAAAUGGGAAGUGCCCUUUCAUAGAUGAGUACAUUCUGGCUCUCCAUAACAAGAUCAAGAACAAGGUAGUGGAGUUCCCAGAAGAGCCACAGAUAAGUGAAGAGCUCAAAGAACUGAUUCUUAGGAUGCUGGAUAAAAAUCCAGAAACAAGGAUAACGGUUCCUGAGAUUAAGCUACAUCCCUGGCUAACAAAGUUUGGGGAGGAACCACUGCCUCUCGAGGAGGAGCAUUGCACUGUGGUGGAGGUGACUGAGGAGGAGGUGAAGAACUCUGUCAAGACCAUCCCAAGCUUGCCAGCUGUUAUUUUAGUGAAGGCCAUGCUAAGGAAACGCUCAUUCGGAAAUCCAUUUGAGGCUCAGGUCAGAAGGGAAGAGAGGUCCAUGUCUGCUCCAGGAAACCUAUUAAUAAAGCAAGCAAGCCGAGAAGGAGUAAAGGACCCUGAACUCCCUGAUGUCUGUGAAGAUGAGGCUACUUCCUGAGGCCAUCUGCAUGUCCUGGACUGGGUUAUUUACUGCUGUUGUAAACAUUGUGUUGUGUCGCACACAUACUGCUCUCAUGAGCCAAAGUUCUGUGACCUGAAAAUGAAAAGAAGAAACAAGCAACAACAACAAACUGCGAGUUCUUUGGAAGUGGCUUACUCAUGAAAGCUAUGUUAUGUUACCGAUUGGCUUCAUUCAACACAUAAGACGUUUCUCUGUGUGUAUGUAACAUGUGCCUCACUCGCUAUUUGUGCUUCAGCCUAAGUUGUGUGGUCAUUAUAGUCUGGUAUCUUGACCAAUGAAUGUGGUUUUAUUAUUUUUCAUUCAGAGGACCAAACUUUAUUUAAUAGGGCACUUGCCAUCAGGAUGUAUUCCAGCUUUUUGCAUUCUGUAUUCAAAGUACCAAGAAAAAAGAUAUGCAGUAGCUUGGUCUCCUUUCUUACGUUAACUUUGUUUAUUACUCAAUUAAGCAUUUAAUUUUACUGAGACAGUCUUACUUCUGCUGAAGUCAAUGGCAAAAUUCCUGUUGACUUCUAUUGAAGUAGAAUGAGAUGUUCCACUGUGUAAUUCUUUAUGCUUUUCAAUUUUUCUAAUUUUUGCAUUAUAUAGCUCCAGUUAACAUACAGGACCACAUUACAUUGAAGUCUUUUUAGUUUUAUAUUGGAAAUAUACAGUAUUCCCACAAUCUGCAUUGAACUUUUGAGUGUCCCUAAACUGUUAAAGGCUCUGAUAUUCAUCUGAACAUGGUUUAUGAACCAAGAGCAUUUGCUUAUAGUGUGCUGUUCACUGUAGAUGUCUGGGAUUUGGUCCAAUUGCAUGCCAAUGUUUGGACAGGAAAUGUAUUUACAGAUCUGAAAGCACGAGACAAUGGAUUUUGUCAUUUAAGUCAAUCUGAUUCUCCUUUACCAUCACCUCCCAACCCUCUACCCCCAUAAGAGAGAGACAAUAUAUAUAUAUUUGAUUAUACAUUGAGGUUUUUUUACCUAGCUAUUGUUGUGAAUGCCCUGAAAUAGGACAUCUUCCUAGAAGAUAGUAUGUUAGUAGCUGAUUCUUAGAGGAUAAACAAGAGAACCAGAAGAGCUACAGGACAGAAGUUUCUAAAUUAAACUCAGUCAUAUACCAUUUCAAUACUUCAGAUUUUAUGCACUUGGUCCUCUGUUGUAUCAUGCUGCUGUAAUAUUCCCAAUCUGGUUUUAAUAAUAUUCAUGAAUCUUCAGUGUUGUCGAAUUAGUUGGUGAGAGAUUUGAGUUUGUUUGGAAUCCCCAGUCAACCAUGGAGGCUGAAGCUACUACAAAAGUAAUUAUAGGUUAUAUUUACUGCAGUGCCACAGGGGGGAGAGAAUAGCUGCCAGUAGCAGUUCUGAGACUAGAUGUCAUGUUGCAUAGCUAUACAUUUGGAUUAAUUCAUUCACUUCAGUGCAGUUACUUCAGAUUUGCAUUGAGUUUGCUCUGUUUUGUCUUUCAGGCAAGUACAAAGAUGUGGACACACCUUUGUUUAGCUAUGUCAACAAAAAGGGCAAAUAAAGUUAAAAGGCAGGAGUAUUUCCCUUUAUUAUGUAUUUAAGUGCAAGUUAUAGGGGUUUUCUGUGAGGAAGGCAGCUAGAAUAUACAUUUUUAGAGAGAAAGGUGGUAAAUUAAGGCCAGUCAGAAUGAAGAGAGAAGGGCUUUUUUUGGACUUUCAGACCGUGAAUGAGAUAUUAUUACCCAUUUUAUCUUACCUCUAGUUUACUCCCCUUCUCAUUUUACGUAGAAUCGUAAGUUUGUAAGAGCCGAAGGAGCCAUUUUGAUCAUUUAAUCUGACCUCCUGGAGAACAAAAGCCAUAGAAUAUCGCCUCCUGUCUUCACCGUAUCCCUUUGAUGGUUACAUAUGUUAAUGAGCAUCUCUGCUAACCUCAUUCUAUCAGUGAGAGGUGUUAUAGUUAUUUUUCAUCAUAUAGAAGUAUUGUUUUGAAAAAUGCAGAUUCAUUGCUGCAAGAGAGAGGCAGAGACUGUCUAGUACCCUUUAUGCCUAUGGUCUAGUCGAAGAGCAGAGGAUGAGGGGUGAGGAAAUCAGAAUUGUCAUCUGCAUUCUGACAAUGACACAGUGUGAUGUUGUGUGAGUCACGUAAUUUCUCUGUGCCUCUAUUUAUCCCUCUGUAAAAGGGGGAUAAUAUUCCCAACCACAUGGGGGGGGGGGUGAGUUUUAAUCAAAGUUUGCAUAAUGUUUUAGUAACAAAAUGUAAUUUAUUAUAUUUGUGAGAAUAGUAACCGUAAAAGCAGGUGUCUAAAACCAGGAUAGUCUAAAACCAGGGGUUAUUAUUGUGAGGUUUUGUUGUUGUAAAAGGAAUGGUUUUGAUGGAAGACUAUUGAUUUUUUUAUCAGAUCAGGCAGAAAGUCUGACAGAGAAGAACUUGCUGACUACAAUAUCAUGGAAUAUUAUCUCUCAGUAGGGGUAUUCUCCUUCAGUUCACCUGGGCUUUAUCCAACUAUGUCUAGACUUCACACCUUUUUCGACAGAGGCUUUGUCGACAUAUACUGUCGACACAGCCUCUGUCGAAAGAGAGCGUCUAGACUACGAUCAGUAUUGUCGAAAAAGCAAGCCACUUUUUCGAAAGAGUCUAGACGCUCUUUCAAAAAAGCGCAGUUUCCAUGCAAUAGCGCCUUUUUCAAGGGUACUUUCGAAAAAAGGCAUUAUUCCUCGUAAAAUGAGGUUUACUGAUGUCGACAAAACUGCCGCGUUCUGUCGACUUACUGUCAACAGAACACGGUAGUAGUGUAGCUGCAGGUAUAGUUUUGUCAAAAAAAAAAAGCCUACUUUUGUUUAAAAAAAAAAUCCUGUAGUCUAGACACAUCCUCCUUGUCUAUAUUCAAAGUUACACGAGUUUUAACUGAGGUGUGACUUUAAACCAUUUAGUUAUACUGGUGCUAAAAACUUUAGUAGGCACUCAGAAUUCAAUUUUAUACUUAGUUUACAUUGAUAAACUUUAUAAGGAAGUUUAACUGAUACAACUCAGAAUAUAGUGUAUGACACCUAUCGGCAGAUUAUUUCUAAAACCAUUUAAUUUAUAUUUCAGUAACACUCCAUUUUGAAAUUCUGGAGAGGAGAUAUUUCAAAGGACUUCAGUAGAGUUAGGCACUCAGUCUCCAAAGGGAUUUGGGAGCCUAACUCCUGUAAGAAUCCUUUGAAAAUCCCAGCCUCGAUGAAUAAAUCAAAUCUAAAGCACAAUAUAUUUUUUAAAAGCAUGAACUAUUUAUUUAGCCAUAGGGCACUGUGUUUGAUAGUCUUUUAAUCUCUUAAAUUCUCCCCCAAAUAAAUUUUAGAAAAUGUUCAAUGUUCCUUGGGAGGGAGGCCACACAAACCUAUUUUUUCCAAUCCAGACACAGUGAAUUCUACUUCAGAGACUUUGUCAUCUCUGGCAUUCAGGCCAAGAUUUCUUUUUCUUUAGAUGGCAAGAAAUCAUCCUAAUUCCAUCACCCAAUGCAGACGCAAAAUCUGCACACAGUUCCAAACGUGGAAAUUAUGCAAACAUCAAAAGAAGUCUAAUCAUUUUUCUGCAUGUCUAAAGGGAAUGUUGUGAAAUGACAUUCCACUUCUGUCACGCGAUCAGAGAGACGUGUACCGUGUUUGCAGCAAUGUUAGUAUAGCUUGGAGCAAUAGCGCCUUUCUAUUAUGGGACAGGAGCAAAUUAGAAUAAUAGAAUCUUAGGGCUGGAAGAGACCUCAGGAGGUUGAGUCCAGCCGCCUGCCCAAAGCAGGACCAAUCCCAACUAAAUCAACCCAGCCAGGGCUCAGUCCAGGUAGGGCUUUGUCAAGCCAAGACUGGAUGAAGAAUAAAGGAUAAAUUAAGGUUAAAGAAUGUUUUAAAAUUACUCUUUCAUCUCUGACAAUCCAGUCCUACCCAGAAUGGAGGAAAAUCUUUUUCUUGACAUGGAUAUCAGGCAUUGGGAUGAUCUGCGGAGGAAGGAAUACGUUUUGUAUUCAAAAUCUUCCACCGCUAUUAAGCCAUGUCCACACUAGCAAACUAUUUUGAAAUUACUGAAUUCGACUUAAGAGCUCCCGAUUUAACAAAUUUGAACUAGUGUGUCCUCACUAUGAGGAAGCCUCAAAAUUAGUCUGAGGCAGGCUCCAUUAAUGUGGAUGCACUACCUUGGACUUAGAGCCCCAGGAAGCACUCUGUAGGAGACCUCCUGGACGCCAAUAGAUUCGAAUUAGCAGCACCGGAGCAUCCACACUACUGUUAUUUUGAAAUUACUAUUUAGGAAGUAGCAUUACUCCUCAUGAAAAGCAGGAGUACAGCGUUUGAAUUCUGCAACCUGUUAUUUUGAAAUAACAGACUUGGUAGUGUGGAUGCACCGCUUGUAAAUUCAACCUUGGGGAGGUUAUUUCGAAAUAAAGUCCUAGUGUAGGCCAGAGCCUAUAUACUAGACAACACAAUUUCUGCUGCAAGUGUGUCCUUCAAAGAAGGGUUUCUGACUUCAUCAAAAUGUGUGUACUCAAGUUCGCAUCUGUCAGAAAUACUUCUAACAGUUGUUUGUAAAACAAAUCAUAUUUAUCACUUCUUAUAAUUUAGUCCAAGUUGUAAUUAAGUUAUGUGUCUAAUUUGAAAAGCCUUUAAAGAAAUCUCUUGUGGAGAAAUAACACACUUUUUUUAUCGGUAUGAAGUAUGUGUUAUAAAUUAUUAAUAGAUCUCAGCUUGAAAAAUAACACUUGAUAGAGUUUGUCAAGUCUGUUAGCAAGGGCAGCAAUAGUAGAGAUCUUUAUCACUUUGGGUGGGAGUAUUUCAAUAUGAAUGUGACACUUAAAUUCCUGUUGUUUUCAGAUGCUUGUAGAGUCUGAGUAAAUGCACAUACAGUGACUCUUAAUGUUUGUAACACCAUCUCACCUUCCUCCCUGCCCCCAUGUGCACGUGUAUAUCUGCUUUUGUGCUAUGGUUUCCUGCCAAUUUUCUGUGAUAAAGAAUAAUAUGUAUUUGCUGGGUAAUUGUGUCAUAUCUGCAUGAUUCUGCUUUUGAGCAGCAAAGGUAUAUAAAGACACCAAGCAAAUCAGCCAUGUUAGAUAUUUGCCAGUUGUCUUUGGGAGACUUUGACAAUGCAAAAUAAGGAAACAAGUUUACAGUAAAGUCUUUCCUGUUUGAA